AUGAACGAAAACUCGAGACCUCGUAUUCCAAAUGAAUGGGUAAGAUAUAUGUAUGAAAAACUUGAAAGUGGUGAGUUAACUUACGCAACAGUUUUGAAAAAAGUUCCAUAUUCUUAUCAAAAUGUUACAAUUUUCAAACAAAUUUCAAGAAAUACUCUCAAAAAAGCAUUCAAAGAAAUCGGUGGUACACCAAAAAUUAAAAGUGGUCCUCCACAAGAGGAAUUAACUCCAGAAUUAAUUUUGAAGGUUCAGAAUUCUUAUGAAAAUUACAAAUGUGGGGUUCAAAAAUUGUAUUGGACUCUCAAUAUGAAUCCAAAACAAUUUCAAAUCAGUUACAAUGCAGUUAUUAAGGCAGCAAAAUUUCUGGGAAUUUACAAAGAAAAAGAUAAAAGUAAUCCAAAAGCAUAUUAUGUGGAUUAUGAAGCAAUUCUUCCAAAUACAAUCUGGCAUGUGGAUAUUCAUUUUUUGAAAGAACCAGAAACUUUACCGGUUUAUGGAAUAAUUGAUGACAAAAGUCGUUAUUUGUUAGCAUUGAAAUUGCUUCGUAACAAAAGUUCAACAGAAACUUCAAAAGUGGCAAUUGCAACAGUUCAAAAAUAUGGAGCACCUUUCUGUUUCUGGUCAGAUAACGGUAAAGAAAAUGAGGGAGAGUUCACAAAAUUUUUGAGUACUUAUGACAUUCAAAUCAGAAAAUCAGCUCCAUACAUGCCACGUCAAAAUGGCAAAAUUGAACGCCUCUGGCCAUCACUGGACAAAAAUGCUCCAAAGUCUUCAGAAUUUGAGAGCAUCAAUCAGGAAUUGGAAGAAUUCAGGCAAAAAUACAAUGACAUGCCACAUGGCGCUCAUCCAAAAAUUGGAGUUCGACCAUACACUCCAAGAGAGGUUUACAACAAAUUUAAGAAAUGGACCAAGGAUGAUAAACCGCUCUGGAAAAAAUGUGUUAAUAAGCAGUGGGAAGUUGAAGAGAUUCCAAACUAUUGA